GGCGUCAUCUUGCUGCGACAUCCGGUUCCGGGGCGGGGCACGGACGGUGGUGAGUGAGUGGCGACUGGUGUGUGGCCGUGCAUGGCUCACCCCGCUCCUCAUCUCUGUCCAGAUGUCCGGGGUGGCCGUUGGGUGUGUGGCGGGUGGCUGGCUGGGCAACAGGCAGGGCCGUCGUGUGAGCCUGUACAUGUGGGUGGGGCUGAGCGCCGUGGCUAACACUGUGGCUGUCUUCUCUCCUUCCCUCCACAUGUUCGCCGUCCUCAGGUUCUUCAUCGGCCUCAGCGUGGGCGGGAACUUGGCCAUCAACCAGGUGUAUCCCAAAGAGUUCGUGACGGCCCGCGGGCGGGUGUUGUUGGCGGGUGUCCCGGCCUUCCACUGCGCCAACAUCCUGUUCGGCGUGCUGGUGUACCUGUUGCGAGACUGGCGACUCAUCCACCUGGCCACGGCCGCCGUGUCGCUCACCGCUCUGCUCACCGCGCUCUGGGUGCCCGAGAGUCUGCGCUGGCUGGCCGUGCACGGGAGGGUGAAGGUCGCUGUGGCCGUGGCCAACAAAGUGUGCCGCUACAACGGGAGAGGCGAGGUCCACGAGAGGGACAUGGUCACCCUGGGGGAGAGCGAGGUGAGGGCGCUGGAGAGAAAGUCCACGAUCUGCCACCUUUUUCAAACCCCCCUGAGGAGGAGGAGCCUGGUGGGGUUUUUCUCCUUCUUCAUCAUGGCCUUCAUCUUUUACUCCAUCGGCUUCGGCCUGACCAACUUGUUCGGAGACCUGUACCUCAAGCUCAUCCUCUUUUCCUUCUUCGUGCUUCCGGCCACGCCCCUCCUCCCCGUCCUCGCCACCACACUGGGCCGGAAGUGGGCGGUCCAGAUCUACUUCUCCACGGCUUGCCUCACCUCCCUCCUCCUUCUCCUCCUCCUCCUCACGGUGCCGGUCAGCUCGCUGGGGCUAGUGGUCACCAUUCUGUCCCUGGUCAUCUCCACUUCCGCCGACCAAGCCCUGAGCCUGAUGGCCACGUUUGUGGUGGAGUUGUUCCCCACCUACGUGCGCACCUUGGCCUACAGCUUCGUGUUUCUGGGAGCCAGGAUCGGCGGAAUCUUGGCCCCUUAUCUGUUCCCGCGCAGCACCAAGCUGCUGUAUGUUUCCUACAUCGUGAUUGGCUGUCUGACGGUCACGUGUAUAUUAAUGGUCCCAACUCUUCCGGAGACACGGCAGCCGGCUACAAGCGAGAUGUGGAGGGGGGAGACUGUAACAGCCAUGUAGCGGCCAGAGAACAGAGGGAGGAGACUGUAACAGCCAUGUAGCUGACAGAGAACAGAGGGAGGAGACUGUAACAGCCAUGUAGUAUAUAGCGGACAGAGAACAGAGGGAGGAAACUGUAACAGCCAUGUAGCGGACAGAGAACAGAGGGAGGAGACUGUAACAGCCAUGUAGAAAAGUAGGGCACUCCGCGUCCUUAUUGCGCAGCUGGUUGUGAACUUGUCCUAAACGCCUCCGAGUCUGACCCUGUUUGUCCUUAGUUCAUGUAUAGGCCUACAGGUACCUUAUUUGUGUAUAUGUGUUCAUGUAUAGGCCUACAGGUACCUUGUUUGUGUAUAUGUG